ACCCCUGGGUCAACACUUGCUUUGGAAAGCAGUGCCAGAUAGUUGAUUGUUCAAGUUUAUUCAAGAUGGCUGUUUCAAAUCUUAUGUUUUUGGUGUUCUUGUUUUACAAAUUGGUGCUCAAUGGAUUUGCCUCUCCAAUUGGGUAUCCGUUAUACCAGACUGCUAGUAAGCAAGUGCACUUGGAGAAGAAAGAUGGCCCCUUGUCCUGUCCUUAUGCAAGCCAAAAUCCAAACCCGCCAGUGGUAGCAAAGUGUAACUUGAAUGUUCUGCUGUCUUUGCAGAAUGCAUCUGGGCUAGUUAUCCAAAAGGGAAUCGACGUGAGAAAUCUGCCUGCAGAGUCCAGCCCUCUGCCUGCUCAGGAGACCAGCCCCCAGACUGCCAAAGAGUCCAGCUCUAUCCCAGCUGGAAAAUCUAGCUCUCACCCAGUUGUGGAGUCCAGCCCCCAGCCUGCCAAUGAGUCCAGCUCUAUCCCAGCUGGAGAAUCUAGCUCUCACCCAGUUGUGGAGUCCAGCCCCCAGCCUGCCAAUGAGUCCAGCUCUAUCCCAGCUGGAGAAUCUAGCUCUCACCCAGUUGUGGAGUCCAGCCCCCAGCCUGCCAAUGAGUCCAGCUCUAUCCCAGCUGGAGAAUCUAGCUCUCACCCAGUUGUGGAGUCCAGCCCCCAGCCUGCCAAUGAGUCCAGCUCUAUCCCAGCUGGAGAAUCUAGCUCUCACCCAGUUGUGGAGUCCAGCCCCCAGCCUGCCAAUGAGUCCAGCUCUAUCCCAGCUGGAGAAUCUAGCCCUCUGCCUGCUGAGACCAGCCUCCAGACUGCCAAUGAGUCCAGCACUAUCCCAGUUUUAGUAUCUAGUUCUCGGACUGCUGUGGAAUCCAGCUCCAUCCCAGCUGGAGAAUCUAGCCCUCUGCCUGCUGAGGAGACCAGCCCCCAGCCUGCCAAUGAGUCCAGCUCUAUCCCAGCUGGAGAAUCUAGCUCUCACCCAGUUGUGGAGUCCAGCCCCCAGCCUGCCAAUGAGUCCAGCUCUAUCCCAGCUGGAGAAUCUAGCUCUCACCCAGUUGUGGAGUCCAGCCCCCAGCCUGCCAAUGAGUCCAGCUCUAUCCCAGCUGGAGAAUCUAGCUCUCACCCAGUUGUGGAGUCCAGCCCCCUGCCUGGCAAGGAAUCCAGUGCUAUCCCAGCUGCAGAGUCCAGCCCCCAGGCUGCCAAUGAGUCCAGCUCUAUCCCAGCUGGAGAAUCUAGCCCUCUGCCUGCUGAGGAGACCAGCCUCCAGACUGCCAAUGAGUCCAGCACUGUCCCAGUUGGAGAAUCUAGCUCUCAGACUGCUGUGGAAUCCAGCUCUAACCCAGCUGGAGAAUCUAGCUCUCACCCAGUUGUGGAGUCCAGCCCCCAGCCUGCCAAUGAGUCCAGCUCUAUCCCAGCUGGAGAAUCUAGUUUUUGGACUGCUGUGGAAUCCAGCUCUAUCCCAGCUGGAGAAUCUAGCUCUCAGACUGCUGUGGAAUCCAAUGCCAUCCCAGCCGGAGAAUCUAGCUCUCAGAUUGCUGUGGAAUCCAAUGCCAUCCCAGCUGGAGAAUCUAGCUCUCAGACUGCUGAGGAAUCCAGCUCUAUCCCAGCUGCAGAGUCCAGCCCCCAGGCUGCCAAUGAGUCCAGCACUAUCCCAGUUGGAGAAUCUAGCUCUCACCCAGUUGUGGAGUCCAGCCCCCAGCCUGCCAAGGAAUCCAGUGUUAUCCCAGCUGCAGAGUCCAGCCCCCAGCCUGCCAAUGAGUCCAGCUCUAUCCCAGCUGGAGAAUCUAGCGCUCACCCAGUUGUGGAGUCCAGCCCCCAGCCUGCCAAUGAGUCCAGCUCUAUCCCAGCUGGAGAAUCUAGUUCUCAGACUGCUGAGGAAUCCACCUCUAUCCCAGCUGGAGAAUCUAGCUCUCAGACUGCUGUGGAAUCCAGCUCUAUCCCAGCUGGGGAAUCUAGCUCUCACCCAGUUGUGGAGUCCAGCCCCCUGCCUGCCAAGGAAUCCAGUGCUAUCCCAGCUGCAGAGUCCAGCCCCCAGCCUGCCAAUGAGUCCAGCUCUAUCCCAGCUGGAGAAUCUAGCUCUCACCCAGUUGUGGAGUCCAGCCCCCUGCCUGGCAAGGAAUCCAGCUCUAUCCCAGCUGGAGAAUCUAGCCCUCUGCCUGCUGAGACCAGCCUCCAGACUGCCAAUGAGUCCAGCACUAUCCCAGUUUUAGUAUCUAGUUCUCAGACUGCUGUGGAAUCCAGCCAUCCCAGCUGGAGAAUCUAGCUCUCAACCAGUUGUGGAGUCCAGCCUCCAGACUGUCA